AUGGGUGAAAGCCUGAGCAAGUUGAUCAUCAAUUCGCUCAAAACAACUAUCAAAACCCUGUGCAGUGACGAAGCAAACCAGGCGACCUUCAACCGCAUUGCCGAAGUGGACCCAGAAGCUGGUCAACGAGCGCAUCCCUGCAUAGCAUCGAGACUGGCAAACAGUCUCGAUGUAGUCGAACUCCAGCCCAAGACUACAGCGCGACUGCUGAAGCUUUUCGGUGCGAACCCUCUUUUGAGCCGUGAUGACAUGUGA